UGUCGUCGGGUUCAGUCAGGGAAGUUUCAGAUCCUGAAGUGCCUCCAAAUUGAAAUAUGUGUCAAAUGUAAAAUGUAAGUCGAUAUAGUUUGAGGUUGUCCUGCCGCAGGGAAGCGGCAGGACAACAUGCAGUGGAAAAGGCAAAUCAGCGGCUGUACGUUUAGCUUCGUUUUCGUUGUAUCGUAUUUUACAAAUAAGUUUGUCCUGUCUGUGUUAAAAUUCACAUAUCCAACCUUAUUUCAAGGAUGGCAGACAUUUAUUGGGGCUCUUCUGCUUCUACUGGCCGGAAAGCUGGGAUGGGUGGAAAUGAGCCGCAUCACCAGAUCAGCAGCUCUCUCCUGGCUCCCAGGGUCACUUCUGUUUGUAGGAAACAUAUACGCUGGCUCCAGGGCCUUAUCACGCAUGAACAUUCCUUUUUUCUUCACUCUUCAAAAUUCCUCACAUGUUGUUAGUUGCGUCAUCCUGAGGAUCAUCCAUAAAGAGAAGAUGCAGUGGCUGAAAUGUUUAAGUGUGUGUGUCAUGCUGGUUUCAGCCAUCAACCUCCCUCUCUAUGAUCCUCAGUAUAACUUGAAUGGCUACGUGUGGGCUAUCGGUCAUCUGUCCUGUGUUGGUGCGUACAGAGUGUUCCAAGUUCAGAACAAAUCCAGUCACCUGAGUGACCUUGAGCAGCAGUGCAUCAACUACUUGUUCAGUGUACUGCUGCUGGCCAUUGCUGCUCACCCCUCAGGUGACCUCCUGGGUGCCUUAGAGUUCCCUUUCCUUUGGUCCUACACCUUUCACUGUGGUUGCUGUGCCAGUGCUGUGCUGGGAUUUUUGCUGCUUUUAGCAACAGUCAGACUAAAGAGUGGGCUCUCCCUUGAGCACUGUGGCAUCUGGACCUUUUUGUCUAAGGUUACUGCCAUCUGUCUGUCCCCAUUUAUUUUCUACAUGGAUAUUAAUGCUCCAUCUAUUAUGUGUGUGUUCUUCAGCCAUGUUGGAGAGGCCUUACUGCUGUAUUCUGAGAGAGAAUCUCAGCUGUGAUGAGAAGACGGCAGCUCAAAUGAGUCUACGACUUGCACUUCAUGACUUUUGUACAAUGCCUUUUUUUGUUUUGUCCAUUCAUCUAAACUCAUCCGUGCCUUGAUAACCAAAAUAAAAUUAUUUGAAUGUA